UUGACAACAGGGAAAAAAAAAAAGAAAAACGACACAAUUCACGGUCAUGUCUCUCGGCAAAGCUGCGCGGACUUUGUUGAACCCUCUCCGGGGGGUUCCGCGGCCCUCGGUUGUAAAUCGGAGCUACGCGGCUGUUGCGGAAGUCAGGGCGGUGUUAAACGGCGAGCUUGAGUCUAUUCGUGCGGCGGGGACGUGGAAAGCCGAGAGGAUCAUCACUUCCAAGCAGGGACCGCACAUCAACGUGGACGGAAGCCGCGGCAGCAUUUUGAACUUCUGCGCCAACAACUACCUUGGACUAUCCAGUCAUCCGGAGCUGGUGCAAGCAGGGAUUGAUGCGCUGAAAAUGUACGGCGCUGGAUUGAGCUCAGUCAGAUUUAUCUGCGGCACUCAGGAUUUGCACAAAAACCUGGAGCAGAAGUUGGCAGAGUUUCACGAGAGGGAAGACUGCAUCCUUUAUGCCAGUUGUUUUGACGCCAAUGCGGGACUGUUUGAGGUGAUGCUGGGCCCAGACGAUGCGGUGUUGUCGGAUGAACUUAACCACGCCUCUAUUAUUGACGGUAUCCGUCUGUGUCGGGCGAAGAGACUGCGCUACAAACACAUGGACCUCAGUGAUUUGGAGAGCAAGCUCAAUGAGUCUCAGUCAUGUCGUAUGCGGCUGGUGGUGACUGACGGCGUAUUCUCCAUGGAUGGCGAUGUGGCGCCAUUAACAGGAAUCUGCGAUCUGGCUGAGCAGUAUGGAGCCAUGGUGUUCAUCGAUGAAUGCCACGCCACUGGUUUCCUUGGGCCCCGGGGCAGAGGAACCGAUGAGCUGCUGGGAGUGAUGGACCGAGUGCAUAUCGUAAACUCCACGCUGGGAAAAGCACUGGGAGGUGCAGCUGGUGGCUACACAGUGGGGCCAAAGCCCCUCAUUGACUUACUGAGGCAGCGCUCUCGGCCUUACCUCUUCUCCAACUCCCUCCCACCUCCUGUGGUGGGCUGCGCCACGCGGGCUGUUGAGCUGCUGCUCGCCUCCAAUGAGAUUGCGCAGAGCAUGUCAGCCAAAACCAUGAGGUUCCGGAACAAGAUGACGCAGGCCGGCUUCACCAUCUCGGGCUCCACUCACCCGAUCUGUCCCGUAAUGUUGGGUGAUGCACGGCUUGCCUCUCUAAUGGCAGAUGAUAUGUUGAAGCUAGGAGUGUAUGUGAUUGGAUUUUCCUUCCCCGUCGUACCAAAAGGCAAAGCCAGAAUCCGUGUUCAGAUUUCAGCCGCACACACUGACAAAGACAUUGACCACUGCGUCGACGCCUUUAUUAAGACGGGCAGAAAGCAUGGAGUCGUUUCCUGAAAGGACAACUAGGAAAAGACUACUAUGAAAACCAAACAACCAGCAAAGUGUUCCUUCAGUUAUUGUGGCCUGUUACUGAUGACCUAUGACUAGUAAUUAUUUUCAUCUGGCAACUUUUGUGUUGACUUUGAUAAAUAAACUACUUGUACUGCAA